UCUGGCUGUUAGCAAAGAAAAUGGCUGGCUAUCAGCCUAAAAACGAAGCCAAACUUACUCUAGAGAUUCGCACCAAAUCGGUGGAACAGACUCUUGUUCCUCUGGUGACACAGGUUAUUACAUCUUUAUAUAUUUGUAGACCACAAAGUGUUUUAUUAAAAAAUAAUGCAUUAAUAAAAAAGGGUCUGCGCUUUGAUAACUGAUACUGAUGUUGAUAAGUCCUGAGCCGAGACUGAGUGACUGAGUCAGUGACAGUUGCUGAGUUGAGGCAGGGAUUUCCAGGAUUGAUUUACGUCAGGAGUGGAAAUAAUUUUUUAAUUUGUAUUAAUUUAAUAAUUCUAGGCCUUAUGCUAUUGGGCUUACAGCUAAGGCUUUACUAUUAGGACAAUUAAGCUUAAAUAACACCGUUUAAAAUAGUUGAAAGGGAGGUGCAGCCAGUGGUCAGUGGGAGUGGGAGGCAUGCAGCGGGCUAGUAGAUACUGAUACAGGUAAUCUACCACUUGUUCAAAAACACAUCUGCUAAAAUGGGGAGGGAAAAGGGAGACAAUGGGUUACAGUAAAAUUAAAAUAACAAAAUAAAGAGAAUGGUUUAAAUUUCAAACAAAUCAAUUUCAAUUAGUGAUACAUUUCUGUCAGUGGCAAACAUAGCAACUUUAUUGUAUCCCUUUACAUUUGCGGCAAGAAGUGUCCGCGAUUUUGGUCGCCCCUUUCCCUCAACUAAAACGUGUGUUACAAAUAGACACUGGUGAGAAAAGUGUCAAAUUGAGUACGAUUGUAGUGGACUAAACCAUGAGUAAGAGUCAGAAAACUACACCACCCACAUCACACCCACAAUUUGUAAUCCCAGCUAGCGAAGAAAUGAUUUUAGAUACUUAUUUAAAAAUUUUGAAGUAUAGCCAUAAAAUGCCUACUGAACUGUCCCACUAUUUUAGCAAAUGUUUUACACCCCCCACCGCCCUUCCCCCAUUGUCAUAACUUGUCAAGAAAAUUUGACAUCCUUUUGAUACUGGCAUUGCUACAAAUAUGUGACCCACCUUUCCCUAAAUUAAUUUAUGUUUCUGUUUUUACCUAAAUUUAUUUUACUUGACAUACAUUUUUUUAGUCUGAUUCAAAUAUUUGCACAGUUAAUUUCAUACUUGAUGGCUUUUUGAGCUUAAACUUUGCAUUGUGUCUUUGUUAAUAAGACAUUUCAAAGUUUCAUAACAUGAGUUUUAUUAUUAAUCAUUUUAUUUGCACCUGUUUUAUUUACAGUUAAUUUUUAUUUAAAAAGCUGAAUUGAGCAACCAUGCUUAAGGGUUUUGAGCAGCCAAGCGUUGAGAUGUUGAGCUUAAAGAAUAGUUAAUAACCAAUCUAUGUUUUCCGAAUGUUAAUAAUUGUGAAACAUCACAGCUAAAAUUUUCUUAUUAACCAUUAAAAAAAAAACACAGUUAAAAAAAAAUGUAUUCCAAUGUAUUAGGGAUCUGUAGUUCCAUAAUUAUUUUAAAAUAUCAUAUGGUUGUUAUAAGCCAUGAUCAGGCUAUUCCUUUAUUAUGUUUUCCUAAAUUAAUGUUUUGUGACUUUAAAAAAACAAAACAAUUAUUUUCUUCUAUAACUAGAUAACUACAUUAGUGAAUCACAAAGAACGCCCCAAGCUGUCUGAAAAGCAGCAGCGGGCCCUUGAAAGAGUUGGCAUUGCUGUUAGUUCUGCCGUAGAUCGAUUUGUCUCAGUGGGGCAGUCUAUCGCUGAAGAAAAUAUUGAUAUAAAAGCUGAUAUGUGUUUGGCCUGUCAUGAUGCUCGAAUAGCAGGUACGUUGUACGACAGCUGGGGUAUUUUUUAUUUGAUGAUACGAGACUAACAUUUGAAAAAAAUAUUCAACAGUUCAAUAAUAGUGUCAUAAGUUAAAAAUAAAGACAAUUACCAUUUAAACGAAGGAAUCUUUUAAGCUUCUUGUUCAUGUCUAGAAAUUAUUUUCAAGACAUGAAAAAUAAGUAAGAGUUCAUCCAAAUAUUAUGUGAUCCAAAGAGUCCUUUUAUCCUGAUGCAUCCUUUGUGGUUCUGUUUAUAUAUUUGUUUAAUUUGCAGCUGUUACUCCUAAGAGUUAAUUACUAUUUUAAAAUAUUAUCAAUGCUGUUCCAUAUCCACAUUAAAAAUGUUAAUUUGAUACCCAAAUAAAUUACUUGAUUUAUUUUUCUUAUGCACAAUCAAUAUUUUUUUUUUAAAACAGGAGAAAUUAAAAUUUUAAGUAUUAUCAGUUUGUAUUAAUUUUUGUUAACAUAUUAAGUUUCAUUGAAUGACUGUCGACUUGUACAUUGAGGAUGAAAUAAAAGCAGAACCUUUUUUCAAAAGUCAUAAUUUCAGAAAAAUAAAAAGUUUUGUUCUUUGUAGCUAUGAUCGAGCUACCUUUCCUAUGACCAUUUGGGCAUACUACAAAAUUUCCAUUGUGGGGAAAUCCCCUUUUUUCUAUCUUUUUGUUCACAAAAAACCUUUUUAUGCUCUUUGCUUGACAGCUUAGCUUUAGGAAAGAAACUUGGGAAUGAAGUGAGGAGUAUCUAUUUUGAUUUAUGAUUGGGCUAGCUGAAUUUACAUAUAACUAACGUGAAAUGAUUUUUUAAAAUCACUAUUAAAAGCAUUUGUAAAAUCUUUAAAAUUGGUGACAAGGUUUUACUGCAUCUACUACAAGAAUAAAUAUAUAAACACAAUGGGCUAAAGAAGAUAAAGGUAUUAAUUCACAUUCUUAUUAAAUUGAUUAAGUUUUGCCAGAUACCAGAUUAUCAGGGUAAGUUAGCUAGGGAACACUACAAAGCAGAUUAUCAGGUUAAGUUAGCUAGGGAACACUUCAGACCAGAUUAUCAGGGUUAGUUAGCUAGGGAACACUACUGUACUAACUUUGCAUCUUAUUUUCUGAUUAUAGGCACUACAAUCCAGAGGUUGACAUCAUGCUACCCUAGCCAUGAUGAGUCACUUAGUGUGGCAGCUGAUAAAACAGCAAUGGUGCGAGCAGCAAGACAACUUUUGUCUGCCAUUACCAAAGUUUUACUUUUGGCUGAUCGUAUAGUUGUCAAACAACUUUUACUUAGCAAGGAUAAGGUGGGCAGAUAUUGCACUUUUGACAUUUAUUGUUAAAUUGGUGUACUUACUUUAAAAAAAAAUUAUAAUUUAUAACAGAAGUCAGCAUGGAUAUUUGAAUAAUUAGGCCAGGUGAUUAAUUAGAACAAUGUUGGGCAUGAGUAACAAAUAAACCAAUGCUGGGCAUGUGUAAGGAUUAGGGCAAUUUUGGGCAUGUGUAAUGAUUAGACCAGUGUAGGGCAUGUGUAAGGAUUAGACCAAUGUUGGGCAUGUUUAAGGAUUGCACCAGUGUUGGGCAUGUGUAAGGAUUACACCAAUGUGUGGCAUAUGUAAGGAUUAGACCAAUGUUGGAAAAGUUUAAGGCUGAGCAUUAUCAUUUUUUAAACUAGAUUUAUUUAAUCUCUGGCUAUGUUUGUAUUUAUCUAAAACUGAAAUAUUUAAGACACAUGACCAUGAUAAAUAAAAUGUACAUUUUCUUUGGAUUGCACAAGUUGGCCAGGCAGACUUACUAUUGGAACACACUUCAGAGAGUAAACACACCAAACAUGCCCCCCCCCCCCCCCCCCCCCCCCCCCCCCACACUAAAAAAAAAAAAAAAAACCCCCCCCCUUUUCCCAGCUCAUAAGAAGAAAAAAAAAUGAACAACAUGCAAACAUUUUCUUUAGAAACACAGCUUAAGAAAUGCUAUUUAAAUACUUUCUCUACCAAAAUAGAGAUGACCAUAUUACAAACUACACAGAAAACCAAACAACUAAUACAACUGCUAGUUUAAAAGUGUUCUUCUUUAGUGCCUUCUCAUGUAACCAAUGGAAAGGUAACACCAAUGCAUUUGGCAAAUCAAUAAUUUCUUUAAUAUUUUAUUUUUUCAGGUGUUGUUAAGUCUUGCGAGGGUGGAAGAAGUCAACAAUUUCACAGACUUUGUGAAUGCAUUUAGUCAAUUUGGAAAAGAUAUGGUGGAACUUGCUCACCUUUCAGGAGAUCGGCAAAAUGUAAAUCCUAAAUCAUGAAAGUUUUAUCUUACCUUUUCCUCCUUUGUCAUACUGUAUUGUUAAGCUCUGGCUUCAAAUAUGAGAAAUUAAUCUCCCAUUUUAAUUUUAUUGGCUCAUUGUAAACAGUGCCUAACAAAGGAUGAUACCAUAGAGUCAACAAUAGUAAAGAUACGUCACCCAAAACAGUUGCCAGUCACAAUUAAUUUAAGAUUUAUUAAGUAUUAAUACAAUAACAAAACAAAAGAAAUAUAAUUAUAAAUCAUCAACUUACAGUAUGGUAGAUCUUGUACCGGUACACAGGUAACACAGUUAGAAUAAUGUGCCAAUGAAUAAUGAUGAAAUGCAAAAUAAACACAUAUGAGUAUGAGCACACAAAUACACAAAGAAUAAUACACGUCUCAUAAAGUUAAUAAUAUUUAUCUGAAUCUCCGUCUCUCCGUAUCUGUCAAUCCUUUAUAUACAUGUCGCGUAAGACGCUUCCAGAAAAGAGUUAUGAAGUGUUUACAUUUCUCGGGUUAUCGAGCACAUUCAAGAAACUACCAGGAGACAUACUACCCAAUGUGUAAUUGGAAGCCGAUAGUAAACAAGAUACAUCAAAGAGAUUUAACCACGCCCACAACAGACGUUACUGUCUGCUAGGAUUCUAAUUUAGGUCAAGUAAAGUUCACGCACGGAAAAAGUGUGCUACAUAACAGUAUGUUCACCAAACGAAAGGUGACAAGUAAAUUAGUUAAAAAAGAAAUUUCAGGAUAACUCCACCUUAUAGUGUUAUAGGAAGGUAAAAUUCAUUCUCCUGUUCUAACAAUAAUUUAGCCCCUAAAACGCGUCAAGGUUCCUUAGUUUAAAAGUUCUAGAAAUGAUUUAAACCCAGAAAUAUAUGAAGUUCCCUAAUUUUUGCUCAGAAAAUAUUUGAAGUUCCAAUAGUUAAGCAGUUAAAAAAAAAAAACACACACCGAAAGAUACCAAUGAAGCCAUGAUUAAAUAUUGUUUCUGUAAGCUAUAAUAAUCUCUAACAAAUUUCUCAUUGUCAAAAAUAUAUUUUGUUGUGCUGUUUAUUUCAAUGUUAAAGAGUCACCUUUUCACUCUUUCGCUAUUUGUUUUACAUUUGAUUAGGAUCUGAAAAGUGAUAAACACAGAGCACAGAUGGGUUCAGCUAGAGCCAUAUUGGAAAAGUCAACUAUGAUGUUAUUAUUGUCUUGUAAGGUAAGUGUAAGAAAUUUGAACUGAGCCCUAGUGAAUUAAUUCUGAAAAUGUAAUUGCAUUUAUUUUUUUUAGAAGAUAUAUAGUGAAAAUGUAAUUGCAUUUAUAUUUGAGAUGAUAUAUGGAGAUAAUGUAAUUGCAUAUAUAUUGGAGAAGAUAUAUAGAGACUACAGCGAGUUUUUAAAAAUUUAAAUGCCAGUAUUUAAACAAAGCUAUGUAGACAACUUCAGUUGUACAUCACCAGGUAACCAGUGUCAAUGAUUUGUUCGUUUUUUUGUGCGUGCGUGUUUGGUGCUGAGAGUAUUUGUGUAGCUGUUGAUAUAAUAUGCUUUGUAUUUUGUGACUAUUUGGGUAUAGGAAAUGACCUUGUGGUUUUUGUUAUGGUUUGUUUAGCAGUGAUGGAGUAGUUAAUGGGAGUCGCUUAGUCGAUUGAUUUGUCACGUGAUGAGAGUAAAAACGAGUAAGACUUCCGGUAGGUUGUAUACAACACACUAGUGCUUGACAACAGUAGCCCGAUACACACUAAAACUAGUAAUUCAAGAUGCAUAGGCAAUAUUCGGCUUUUGGCUGUUCAAACAGUCAAGUUGAGGACAGCGGUAUAAGUCUGCAUAAGUUUCCGCUUAAGGAUAAAGACAGUUUAAGACGAUAGCUUAACAAAGUGGACCUUCGUUAAUUAUUCACAUAAAAUCUUGUUCCAAUCGGUUAUUAAAAUAUUCCUUCGCCGCACCGAUAUUGAAUAAAAACGCAAAUGACGUCAUGGGUAUGCCGACAUUUCGUCCAAUGAAAAUUAACAAUAAAAUAAACAAAGGGGAAUGACUCCUGCAGCAAUAUUGAAUAAACACGCAAAAUGAAGUCAUGAGCACGCACGGAGCUCAACAACAGCCUGCCGAUGAUAGUAUUGAUAAUUCCCAUCAAUAUCGCUCACAAAUUUUUCUUGAAAUAACUUUCUUCCUUUAAUCAUAACUGACGUAUAUUUAUUGUCACAUUUAUGUAUUUCAUUUAAAAAACACGUGUAUUCCAGAAUAUUUCGAAAGGUAACAUUUUUAAGUAACAUGACAUUGGGGAAGCACUGAUGAAGUAUCUUUUGUUGUGUGUAGCAGCCUAGUGAUGGCUUACUCUCAUCACGUGACCAAACAAGGAAGUGACUAAGCGACUCCCAUAAUGGAGCAUUAGUAAUGGAGCUGUUAUUUUAAUACAGAGACAAUUAUUAAAGGAAUUAAUGGUUUGUUAAAUAAUUAAAUUACCCCUUAACAACGAAGGUAUUGAACAGGGGUAAUAUCAAGUUCGUAACAACCAGACAUGCAAGUGGUUGAAGUGUGAUUGCUUAAAAAAUACUAUAUUGUAUGUACAAUGACCAAAGGAAGUACAAAAAAAUAAAAAGUUUGAUUAUAAACUCUACUCUUUGUAUAGUUCAUUAAAAGUUGCAUUGUUUAAAAUUACAUUUUUAAAAAAGAUGGUAAUGAUUUGUACAUUUCUCUUAUUUUAAAAUUUCUUUACAAUAAACUGUAUUAACUGUAGUAGUUUUGUUUUAAGUACAUACAAAUAUAUAUAUAUGCCAUCGUUCCGUCUUUGCGAGACGAUAGAAUAGCCACUUCGGCUUGUUAAGUGGCCUCAAAUGAUCAUAUAAAUGGUUUUUCAAUGAUUGUUAAAGGUCGAUAAGUGUGUAUGAAUCGAAAUUUUAAAAAAUAUUUUUAAAAUCCAAAACUUGAGUGAAUCUCUUGUCACUUUGAAGAGACAUGCAUGUGUUUUUUGUAAGAACUCAAAUAAUUGAUUUUUUGAUACAAAUAAUAAAGAAUGGGAGUGUAGUUUUAGUCUUUGAACUGGUUUUAAAAGAGUUUAGCCAAAAUCUACUAAAUGUAUUACUUUUUCUAUUAAAAUUUUGUUAUCACCCUUAGGAAAUUAUAAUUUUAAUUUUGAUAUCAAGUUUGUUCAUUAGGUUAUUCAAUGUUAUCUUUAUAGACAUGUUUAAGACACCCUGAUUGUUCAAGUGCACGACACACGCGUCAAGGUGUUUUCUCUAUGAUACGUCAAGCUCAGGAACUCAUUCAGCAUGUUGUACUGCAAGGUGGGCCUGAAGAGAACCGUUCUGAGAGAGGUCCAGUUCUCAAUGGAGAUUCUGGUAUAGGACUGGUCUCCUCUCAUCCUACAGCAAGCAAAGCAUUUUCUGAUUUUGAGGUACAGGCCAUGAAAAUAACUCUACGCCAGUGGUUCCUAAUCUGUGCUAAGGGCUCCACAUGCACUUCUCAGGGGCUCUGCUGUGGUUCCAUGAAACGUCUUUAACACUAUAAACUUGUAGGCCUUAGGGGCUACCCCAUAGUAAUUGAUUCUAAAUAGGGCUCAGAGAGUAAAAAAUAGGUGGGAACCACUGUUCUACUCCAUUAGAACUGGAAUAUAUGUAAACCAGCCUUCAAUUAUUGUUUACAUAUAUUCCAGCCUUAAAUAAAUUUUUGUUAGAAUGAUAAUAGUGUAGAAUUUAUAAUUUAUAACUGUUAAAAAAGCACAGGCUUUGUUCAUCAUUGAUCAUCAAGAAUACUUUGACCCAUUUUAAAUGAUUAGUUAAUAGAUGCAUUUUAUUGCUAUACGAGUAACGGCUACCUUUAACAAACAAACAAAAAUAAUCUGAAAACAAUAAUAUUUGUAAAACUGAAAAAAAAAAUGAAGCCUGUUUGCUCAUAAGCCUGUUUGUGCCCCCUAGUUUUUGAUGCGAAAAGCCUGAAAAGUGCAUUACCAACCAUUAGUUGACCCCAUAAAAUAAAAUGCCAGUGUAAUCAAUUCAUUGCCAAAGCUAUCCAGAAUGAGAUCAUGCUGGUGAUAAAAACAGACAAGUAGUGUUCCGGUAUUUUUGUUUUUAUCUGGUAAAAAAAUUGCAGAGGCACACCAAUUAAAAAAUAUUUUGAGAAAAAAAUGUGUAAAUCAUGACAUGAAUAUAUAUUUUUUUUUUGUCAAGAAGGAUAUAAAUCAUAUAAAAAAUUAGGGUAAGUUCAUUUAUUUAUUAAUAUUAAAAACCUUCUUUUAGAGGGUACGGUACACUUGGCCCUCAGUGAUCUACACAAAAAUUUUCUUUUUCAAGGUACCUGGAGAAAAUUAUAUAAAUCUCUGCUGACCCUUAAUAAGGCCACCACUUCACUUAUUCCCCUGAAAUAUAAAUUAAAAAAAAAAGAAAAAAAGUCAGAACAGUAAUUUUAUGUUGAAUUACCUUAUCAGGAUCAAAUUGAUAUGACAAGAGUCACAAUGAUAGGCCCUGCUGUAGAAGACAGACUUCUUAGUGCAUUUGAGAAUGUCAAGGAGACAGUUGAAGAGUUUACUGAUUCAUACUACACUUCUCAUGAAUCUCGAGAAAAAAUUGUCCAGCUGAGUGACAACUUGCGGGAUGAUCUACAGAACAUGCUCUUGCUGGGACAAAACUUGGUAGGUGAUUUUUUAAUUACAACAGAGCUUUAGUCAAUCUUUCACUCAUUGUUUCACUUUUGAAAGAAAAUUGUUUAAAGUAAAUUUUACAUAAAAAAGUAUUGGCAAAUAUCUUUUGUUAAUUUAGAACCAUUGUUAAAAUUGAAAUAUUAAAUAUAAAUGUUAAUUAAUGAUUUUUAAGGAAAUGACAGUUUGUUUGGAAUUUACUAGCUAAGGUUUUGUUGUAAUGCUUAGAAAGAAUAUUUUCCAUUCUUCCCAAUUGCAAUGCACCUUAUAACUGUAUAUUCUUGCCAUCUCUCUCAUGAAAGAACUGUAGAGAUGCCAGGACCCCUACUCAAGACCUUGAAACUUCUAUUAUCAAAACCUUAGAAUCUUCAAAGAUUUUAAGAAAACAGGUAAAUAACCAGAUUGAUAAUAAUUUGUAACAGCUUUGUCUAAUUCCUUUAAGUAUUUUUUCUUAAAAAUUUAUAUUUUUUUAAAAGGCAUAUUUCUCUUUAAAUUUGAUAAUUACAUAUAUAAUAUCCCACUUUUAGUUUUUGAUAAUUCUACACAUUUUAAUAGAAACGAAACAGUUAAAAUUAUUGUGCAUAAGUGUUCUGACAAUUCAUUAAAUUUUCUAAGACAGAAACUAGCUUUUAAGUUAUUGUCCAAAAAGUGUAUGGUUUUCAAUUUAAACUUAAAUUAUCAAAACAGUUUAAGUGGGAUAUUAUUGUAUUUGCAAUUAUUAUUGCUUUUUAUAAGCAAUGACAAAAAUGAAAUUUGCUCCUUACCAGUGAGUUUUGAGUGUGUGACAAGUAUUUUGCCUCUGAAUGUUUGUAUAGUCAUUGGAUUAUUAGCAUUAUUCAGCAUUUUGGCACAAUAGAAUCUUUAUCUUUAGUGAAUAUAAUCUUUAGUAAAUAGAAUCUUUAGUAAAUAUAAUCGUCAGUGAAUAUAAUCUAACUUUGAUCCACCUCCUCUUAGCAUCAUCUAUUAUUUUAUUCCAACAAACAUGGUGUGUGUGUGGUAUGGUGUCUGUGAUGUGUGUGUGUCAGGGGGAUAUAGGCUUUGACAUAUUAACAGGUUGUAGAAAGGGAAGUGCAUGUGGAAUAGGAUGGGUACAAAUAUCAAUGCUGUUAAAUAGAUGAAACCCUUAUCAGUGGUUAUUUUAUGUCUAUUUUUUGUCAAUAACCUUAAAUUUGUGGUCCUUGAAAUAGGAGAGGGGCAUUAUUUAAUUUAUGAAAAAAAAAGGGUAAAAAAUUGUUGACAUAAUUAAAAGUUGACCCUCUUCAUAACAGUUAACUGUUGACGCUUCUUCAUAAUUUAUAUUUUUAUCUUCAGCUUCUAGCAACUGCCAUGAGCCAAGCAUCUGAUCUUUUCAGGCAAAAUGAUGAUGAAGGUUUACUCAAGGCUCUUAGAAUGGCUGGACUAGCUGGAGAUCUGGGCAGAGUGGAGGAGCUAACUGUGAAGUUUUCAGAACAUCAGGAGCAGCUUGAGGAGGUUAGUCAAACAAUGUACUAACAGUCAACAGCAACAAUAGAAAAGCAAACGUUGAAUGCCAUGCACAUUGUCUAUGAUAAUUAAUUUUUUAAAGGUAACAAAACUGUGGUAUUAAUAAUUUGUAGAACAUUUUUUUAAAAAUUAAAAUUUUAUAAAGGCACACAAAAAAUAAUCAAAGGUUCAUUCUUACAAUCUUACAAUCAGUUUUAUUAACAAAUUUAGUUCAUUAUUUGUAAUGUAUUUUGAAACUUUAAAGAAUCCCUAAUGGCACAGUUGAAUGUAUGAAGUUAUUUUUAUAUUUAAAUUUAUCAUUUCAUCACAUAAAAGAGUGUAAAUAAAUUUAGCUAUAAAAAUGAGGAAAGUUUUUGUGAUGAGGUAACUAGAGGAGAUUUAUGUCUAAUACUUCAAUAUUAUAUUGAGGUUCUAAAAUUAAGAAAUACAAAAAUAUAAUAGCCUAGCAAAAGUAGUAAAAUAGUUAGGCAAUCUAGUUAAAAAAUCCAUCUCAUUUCCUUUCAUUGUAGUGUGUUGUUUUUUUUAAUCACAAAGGUAAUGUACCAGUUUAUAUCUUGCACUUAUUAUAUCUUGUUAAAACGCUUACACCUGAUCAUUUUAUUACAAUAAUAGUUUUUAUACAUAUCAGAUUGAGGAAUUGAUGAAUUUAAAAAAAAAAAAAAAUGGAACCACCCCAUCUUAUAUUAUUUUAUUUUAAUUCAACGUUGCCAAGAACUUAAAGUUUGUGCUUUUUGUUAGAGAAAACAUUUUUGAGGUGGUCAUUGAUUAGAAGAAUUACAUGGGUUAAAGAUUCAAAUGUUGAAAGUUUUUUAGGGGACGCUCUUAAAUGUGGUCACUAUAUUGGCUGAUUUUGGGUACCGGGACGACCCCCCCCCCCUCCAAUUUGUCACACAAUUUAGACACCAUGAUAACAGAUUUCUUAAUACACAUUUGGGACAAAACAAACCUCACGAUUCCUGACUUCAUUUAUGGAAGGAUAAAAAUUAAGAGCUUCGUGCUAAUUGUGGGCAUGUGUUAAACAAAACAAUUUUUUUUUUUUUCAAUUUUAAAAAAAAAAAAAUUUGAUAAUGCUUUAAUCAUUACUGACAGGUUUGUAAACUAUUUCGACAUAUGGCGACCACGGAGCCUCUGAUCAUUACGGCUGAACAUAAUGAAUCAUUUCUACAUUGCUUGGGGCCACUGGUAUGUUUCACUUUCUACUUCAUAUUCUUUUAUGCCAUUAUUUUUUUUUUUUAGUAUAGAAUUUUAAAUCUAUUAUUUCUACAGCUUAGUGAGUCAUCAUGUCAUCUUAAUAGCUCUAUGUUAAGAUUAGUGAGUCAUUGCGUGAUUUUUUCAGUCAUUGCUCUAUGUUAAGAUCAGGGAUUUGUUGAGUGAUUGUUUCAGUCAUAGCUCUUUGUUAGAUCUGUAAGUCAUUGAGUGAUUGUUUCAGUCACAGCUGUUUGUUAGAUCUGUAAGUCAUUGAGUGAUUUUUUCAGUGAUAGCUCUUUGUUAAGAUCAGUGAGACUGAGAGUUUGUUUCAGUCAUAGCUCUAUGUUAAAAUUAGUGAGACAAUGAGUGAUUUUUUCAGUCAUAGCUCUUUGUUAAGAUCAAUGGUUCAUUGUGUGAUUGUUUCAGUCAUAGCUCUUUGUUAAGAUCUGUUAGUCAUUGGUGAUUGUAAUAACUUUUUCCUUGGAUCAUUCAGUCAUCUUGAUGAAAUUCUACUCAGAUUAGUUGGUUCUCACAGACGGAGCAACUUUGAGAUCUUGACAGCUAACAUUAGGGAAUAAGCAAUUGUGAAAUCUUGAGUUGUUGUGUGAUUUUCAUAAAAUUUCUCCAUUGAUUAUUCAGUCUUUGUAGCAUGAUAAAAUUUAGCUCAGAUUUUCUGGAAUACAUAAAAGUUAUAAUAAAACUGGUUAGAGAUUAUUUUUACAGACGUGGAGAUUGGUGCCAAGUAUAAACAAAAUAUUUCAACUGAUUAAAAUAAUAAUUAUUUUUCAUCCUUUUUAUAUUUUAUUUAACAUGAAGAGUUAAAAUAUGUGUCGAAUCAUUAAGAUCUUUAAAUACCAUAGAAAUAAUUCAUCUUCCUUAACUGCUGGUGAUUGUAUUGGCUCUGUUGUGUUAUUUCAAUGUAGAUCCUUUAUGCUGCUCACACUCUGGCUCAGCAUCCAGACUCCAAAAUAGCCAGAGAAAACCUAGAAGUGUUCAGUGAUGCCUGGGAAGGGCAGAUCAAUGACCUGUCGAUACUUGUGAAAGAAGUCAAUGACGUUUGUCAGGGCAGAGGAGAUAAACUGGUCUAUCUUUCUCUCCCACGGCCAGGGGUGAGUAGCAGUAUUUGUGUACCGGUGUGACUUCAUGGGCAUUUUUUUUCUGGGAGUGAUCUUUGAGUGCUCAGGUGUCCUUUAAGGAAUAAGGAAAAAUAUUUUUAAAGUUCCAAAAAUUGUUACAGGCUGCUCUCAUUCCUUUCUUAGUGCAGCCAGACCCUUAAAAAUAAAUAUAGUUCUUUUUUUAUAUAAUGGGGACCAGACCAAAGGCAGCUACGCUUAAGUUGUAAAAUAAAUUUAGUGAUGUAACAUUGGUAUAAUUUAUUCUGGAAUAAUGAUGCACUACAAGUGUAGAGAAGUAUGGUGAGCCAGACAGGAGACAAAGCAAUGAAUGUUUCUGGUAUAAUCCUUCUUAAGCAGAUAAAUGAUGAUUUAUUUUUUUUUGUGUGAAAAUGCAGACAGUAUCGGUGCAGAGCAUUUUGAAACAAAUAUUUUUCAGUGGUGCCCCAUAUUUUUUUAAGGUUUGUCUUAAUUCAGUUGGACUGCGUCAUUAAAUAACCAAGCUUACAAAUUUGUAGGAAUAUUUAGGGAACUUGAGCUUAUAUAUGGUAUAAAUAAUAAUUGGGCAUUGUUUUGAAUAAUAAGUGGUAUAAGUUGUGCUCACAGUGUGUUAUGGUAAGAGAAACUAACCGUCUAUGUUAUUAAGACGAUGAUGUUAAACCACUUGUGUGAUCAGUAGCUAGAUGUGGUAGUGAGAUAGUUUAUCAAUAGCUAGAUGGAGUAGUUAGAUAUUUUAUCAAUAGUUAGAUGUGGUAGUGAGAUAGUUUAUCCUCCCAAUCUAAGCCGUAGUUUAUCCUCCCAAUCUAAGCCGGUUAGUCAGUCAUGUCAUUAACAGUAGAGUAAUUAACUACUCUUUACAAAUUAUCCAAUAUUUCCCUGACCCUGAGGACUUAAUUUACUGCCGUUUUAUUAAUGAGAAACAACAAAUAAAUUUAUUAAAAGCCUAAUUCAGAAGUGAUUUCAAGGAAACAUUCAUUUGCCAUGAAGAAAUAUUCAUCUGAAUAAAAAUGAACUGAGCUCCGCUUAGAGCUGAUGAGCUGAAAAAAGAUAUUGUGUUGAUAUUUCACCCUCCAUCAGUGGGCAGCACUGUGUCAUGUGCUGUGAAUAUUUUUAGCUUUCUCUGUUGUUCAUUGGAUAGAAUUAGUAAAAAUAUGCUAUAUAAAUAGAUUGGAUUUCUCACACAGCCAAUAAAAUUACAUAUCUUCUGUUAGUUUUAGUAAAAAGAUAUAGACUUACAUCAGCCCUGUUGAUUUAAUUCUCAUUUUCGCAAGGUACACUUACACAAUGCAUGUUGGGCAAAUGUUAUGUAAGUCAACAGUUAAUGAGGCUUUAAGGCAGUUAUAAAAUCUAAUUUCUACAUAGCAUAUCCAUUUGACAGAAUACUCGAAGAGGAUAGCCGGAACCUAUCUGCUUACACUUAUUUCUGAAAACCUUUAAAGCUUAUGUAGUACCAUACAUUUGACAGAAGAGGAUAGGCGGAAGCCAUAUCGUUAGAUGUUUUCUGAAAACUUUUAUAGCCUAUGUAGUAGCUUUGAAGAGAACACAGUGCUUCUCCAAAACUGACCAAGGCAACUUGUUUUCUCACCUAGGUUCAGACCCCUCCAGUGAGUAGAUGAUACAAUUUAAGUUCAGAGUUCAGUGUCCCAUUUGUUUCACAUUGUUGUUCUAGAGCUACACAUUUCUCAAUGUUUCUUAUGCACAUUGUUUUAUAUUAGUGGUUGCUAUUCAUUGUUAACUUAUUUUUGUGGUAAAAAUAAAAAGAAUCUAUCACUAGAUAGAAAAGAGGCAUUGAAUUAAAGAAAUGUAAAAUUAUGACCAAAAAAUUUAACCACUGCCAGAAGCAGUAAAGAAUAUUAUGGUAAAAAAUUUGAAUUUGAAUUUUAGUUUUACCUUCAAAAACACAUAAAUAUAUUAUUUUAAUGAUUUUUUUAUAGUUCUUUUUCCUUUUCUCCAUAUUCUCUUGACUUGCCUAUAGUUUGAGUUAGUAAACUAUAACUGUAAAGAUAUAUUGUUCAUUAUUUCUUGUUAAGCACUUUGGUUAAUAGCUUUUACACAAGAAAAUGAUUCAUUUUCAAUAAAUUUAAAUUCUUUUUUUAGCAGGACAUAUUUCAUUUGAGAUCAUUGGUAUUAGAUAAUUGGCUUUCCCAUAUGAUUUAGUCUUAUCAUUUAAAGUAAUGAUUAUUGUUAUAAUAAUUUCUGAAUAAUCUUUAUUUCUUGGCUUUUAAUUUUUGGUAUUAUAUAAUUAAUGCAAUUUAUAUCCUGUCAUGUUGAGUUGCGCUGAAGGUGUGACAUUAGUUUACAGCAGUUUAGCUCCACAAUGAAGUCAAAGGCAUACAAAAUAUAUUUGAGACCAAUAACAAUAAGAUAUUUUUAAAUGCAUCUGGACCAGUUAUGUCAAAAUAGGUCAGGAAAACACAUAAAUCUAUGGAAAGGUCUCGUAACUUUGAUGUGGCUGAAAGUUAUAGAAAAUAAAUGAUUGUUAGGAUAUUUCAAUAUAAUGUAACUAACUAAGAUGUAAUACAAUCAAGAAUUUUAAAUUUAUGGCUAGGUAAGAAUAGCAUUAUGUUUUAUUAUAAUUUUGGACACAUUAUUAUUAUUAUUUAAAUGAUUGGAGCUAAAGAAAUAGAAAAAAAUGCUAAAAGAUAUCCAACUGAUAAUUAAAAUAAAUGUCUGAUUAACUGCCUUAUGGCCAAAACAGCUACCGAACAGUUAAUGCACUCCCUAAAUUAGUAUUCUCAAAACUCUUUAAUAUAAAUAUUGAAUGUGUUUUCGCCAUCAUUUAAUAUUUCUGCUUGUUUCCAACUUUAAACAUUAAUUGAUAAGUGUAUGUUGGGUGUGUAGCAUGUUAAUGUCACAUGUACUGCUAUAAUUGAAAAAUAGCAAACUCAAACUUUGAAAAAAAUUAUGCAUUUUAUUUUUGUGUAUUUUAGCUGGGUUUUGUCCAAAUUUGCCAGUUUUUUUUUACAGCCCAUUACAAGCUAAGCUAUUAAAACAUGAUCUUAUCAAAUGAAUAAGCCUCCUUUUCUUCUAAAUUUUACAGUAAGUCUAAUUAAAUUUAAGCUCUCUUAUAUAUUCAAAUUGAGACAAAAUUUGUGAACCACUAACCUGAUGCUGUGGUGAUCAUCACGACAGACGAAAAUUGUUUCUUGUUAUGUACCCUAAGAUAGAUAUGGAAAUUGCUGUCCAAUGCUUAUCUGGUCCCCAGUUACAUGCACUAGAAAAUUAAACAAAAAGAGUUUUAAACUUGUGACUGUAAAAGAGAAGCAAACCUAUUUACAAAAAUGCUUUUGCAAAUAAAUUUUAAAAAUGUUAUCUCCUUAGAUAGAAGAUUACACAUCCAUGUUAAACAUUAAUUUAUGUCAUUCUUUUAAAUUUUAUUCAUUUAAUGAAGACUGUAGGUAGUAUUUUUGUAAUAUAUAAUAAUAAUAAUAAUAAAGUUCAUUUCAAAAACACGCUUCAUCCCCAAAGGCUCGAAGCGCGGUACAAAGUCAACAAAAAACAUAUCUAUAAUUUACCACAUUUAAAACACAAAUUUUUGCAUUGCCAUGGCUGGUUAUGACUGGAUGUAUAAAUAUAGAAAAAUAUAGGGCUCAAUAAAAUUAUGAAAGGUUACAUAUAGUAUCUGAAUUUAUGCAAAUUUAUAUAUUUAUUUUUUAAAAACUUAAAAUAACAAAAUUUUUUAUUAUUUUAUUCUGUGGAUUAGAGGUAAAACUAAUAUUUUUUGCUCUGACAGAAACAUGGAACUAACUCCCGUCAGCUUAGACCUGCCAAACUUGAUGCAGAGGUAAUGCCCUCUUUCUUUUAUUUGUUCAAUAAUUAUUUAUCUAAACUCCUUAAGUUUUCUCUAAAACAUUUUGUCCUACAUCUGACAUUAUUAGACCUUUCUCAGCAAAUUUAGUUUGGAGCUGAUCAGUGUAUUUUAAACUGUCUGAAAUUGUUUGAAUUGAGAAUGAUGCAUUCUGAGUGGGGCUCUUUUUGAAGCAACCAUAAUGAAUAUAUUUAAGUAUUAGCAGAAGAAUAUAAUUCUUAAAAUUACCAAAUUUUCAAUUCUACUUUACAUGACUUGUUCUUCUAAGGCCAGUUUUAGUAACCUCCCGAAAUCCUAGAGAGAUGAAAUUUGUAGAAUACUGUAAUCUUAGCAGCAUUUUAUUAUUAGAUCUUAUUCACCAUUAGCGGUCAGUUCUCAUGUGACAAAGAAGACUGUUCACAGCAGUCACCCUUGAAUAUUCAUCCUCAUUGUGAUGUAUAAAUAAAAAGGAGAAUUAAAAGGGUUCUUUAAAAAACUGUAUUUUACCAUUUAAAACAAAAAUCCUUUUUAAAUUACACUUUAAUAAAAAGUAGUUUAUUUUUAAAAAAAUAAAUAAAAAGACGAACACACAGAAGGGAUGCAGAAAGCAUGCUUGGUGUUAGAAGAUAUCAGUUAGGAAGUCAGUUUGUGUAUGCUUAAAAUGUGUUACUCUACUUUAUCAGGAACAAGCCAAAAUAGCCAAGUUGGGAUUGGAGAUGAAACUCAUCACAUCGGAGACCGAGGCUGAGGCAGACAAAUGGGAGGAGCCAGACAAUGCUGUUGUCAAGCGGGCCAAAAAUAUGUCCAGCAUGGCAUUUAGCAUGUAUCUGUUUACCAGAGGAGAAGGGCCACUUAGGACGACCCAUGACCUCUUUGUUCAAGCUCAGUUUUUUGCACAGGAGGGAAACAAACUCUACUCAACCAUUCAGAAUUUUGCUCAAAGAGUAAGUAGGUCAAAAAUAUUAGGAAAUUUUUGAAAUAUUUACUUUUUAAUUCAGUCAACAUUUAAAAUUCUCAAUGACUGAAUUGUAAUUCACAUGAACAUUUCAGAGUUUUUGCUAACAUAUUUUUAUUUUGAUUUUCCUUUUGAUUAUUGGCAUUCUUUUAACUUUAAAAAAAAAAUUUAAAAAUUAAGGCAAAUUAUUUCUUACUGAAGAUGAAACAUAUAGCUAUAAAUAAGCUAAUGCUGAGUUCAAUAGCACAGGAUACAAAAAGUCUCUAUAAUUGCACCAAAGAGUGUAAAUGUGUGUUUUGUUUAGCUGUGCAAACUAAAACUCCUGCAAUAAAUGGAUUUCUUAAAAACAAUGAUCUUUUUAUCAGUUUUAUUUGAACAGAAAUUAAUUUAAAUUUGACCAUAUAAAUAUUGUUCAAUAAAAUUAUAUGUCAUCUUUAUUAUGUAAGUAUUAUUAUUAUUAAUUAGAAGGAAAUUUAAUGUAUUCAUUAAAGAAUUAUUUUCAGUAUUUUAUUUGAAUGUAAAAGUUAGGGUAUUGUAUUAAUGGAGAUUUGACAUUCUUUAGACUUAUAUUUUUUUUGUUAUAUAUAUAAAUUAUAGUGCUUUAGUCUUCAGUAUCAAUUUUUUUUGUUAUAUUUAUAAAUUAUAGUGCUUUAGUCUUCAGUAUCAUUUGCAAAAUCCCGAAAAUGACAAAGCUGCUAAGAUUUUACCAUUCUUUUUUUAAAUAAAUAUAAUUGAUUGCUUUUUAAAUUGUUUUAACACAACACACCAAAUUGAAGCAUUGGAUCUUUAACAAUUGAUUAGGUUUGACUUAUUUUUCAUUAAAAAAAAUUUGCAUUCAUGAAAUUUAUAAUAUAUUAUUAAUGAAAAAUACUUCUAAUUUUAAAAAUAUUUUAAAUAAGAAAAUAUAUUAAGUGCAAUGAAGAAUCAUAGUCAAACCAGAUUGUGUUACAGAUUUGAACUUUUGUAUGGAUUUUAAAUUACAAUUAAAUAACCUUAUUUUUUAAUGUAUGAAAAUAUAUAACAAUUUUUUUUUUAAAAUGCUGUCCAAUGCAUGACAAAACGGGGAUGGAACUUAAUAAUAUUAACAUAAUUCACUGGUGGUGCAGAAUGUUUGGUGGUGACAAAAAUGGGAAGGGGAUACAAUUUAAUAUCAAUAUCUCCAAACCCAAAUAUGCUACAGAUUUGAUUGAACCUGAUAUAGAUUUUAAUUAAAUUUUUAAUUUUUCAACUUUGGUAUACAUUUAAAUUUAAAAUAAAUAACCAUAUUCUUUAAUAACAUGACAUUCAGAGAAUCUUCUUCAGAUAUAAGAAUUCUGUGUUUUACGAUUUUUCUAAACAUAUAGAUCAGGAGCGAGUACAAAAGGUUGCCAGAAUUUUGUAUGAAAAUACCAAUAAAUCAAAUAUUUUAAUGUUACAGAUAUUGAAAUUGGUGAAUACAUUUUUAAAAAAAAUUUGAAGGACAUUUAUGUUUUUAAAAGUUUUCUGAAAAUCUGGGCUUUGUAGUUUAUGGGCAUGAAAAGGGGAUGAGUCGGCCUCUUUUAUAUAGAAUAUAAAAAUGUCUUAAAACCCAUUGAUGCUAGAAAUGUAAAUAUCCAUACAUACAUACUUCUUUUUAUAAUAAUAAAACCUGACUAUUUUCAAAAUAUACAUUUCAUGGGCGUGGAAAAGAAUUUUUUUUUUUUUGAGGAUACAUCUAAACCUGAAUCAGUUACAUACCUACUUACUCAGUUUCAUAUAUGCUGAGAUAUAUACCUUCCAUUAUUACCAGAGUAACACAGGGUUUUAUAUUCUAGUGUAAGAUAUUAAAAUAUUUGAAAAUAUGAACAGAUUUUAUCUAACAUUUAUGUAAAGUGUUAAUUAUAUUAUAUCUAACUUUUAUUUUAAGUAUAAUAAUAGAAGUACUUAAGCAAUGUACAGAAAAGAUUUAUCUUGUGUAGUUUUUUCUAUGUGAUAUUCCCACGAUUUCUCAAAUACCAAUAUUAAACAAAUUUAAAAAAAAUAUUUUUUUUUAGGUACCUAGUUGUCCUCAAAAAGAAGAGCUCUUAAUGUAUUUGGAAAGAAUUCCAUUGUGUUGUCACCAACUGCUAACAACCCUCAAGUCAUCAACAUUUGGCAAGACCGCCACAUUUAACAAGGUUUGUAUCUCACUCAUGUAUUAUCGCAUGAAAUAAAAGGUCCUCUGAAGUCUUGUAAAUAUUCAUAAUAAUAAAUAUACAUUUUAGCUGUAUGUAACUGAGGAUUAACAUUUUCUUCAGGUGGACAGUGCUAUCCAGGAAACCAAAAAUUUGAUGAAUAUUGUAGCGAAGGUUGUGACAACAUGUUUUGUAUGUGCUACAAAAGUAAGUUCUUAAAUUGUAUUUGCUAUAAAAUUAAGUUUAAACAAAAAUAAAAAAAUUCUGUCUCUAUUUGUGCAUCAAAAUUAGUUUUGUUUUUUGUUUUGUAUGGACUAUGAAUGUAUCUUGGAUUUAAGAAUUGUUAUGACCGUAUUUCUACAUAAUUGAGUUUGGGUUUAUGUUUUUAUGUAAUUAAGUUUGGGCUAUUUUCAUAAAUUGUUCUGAAACAGCCAUCCACUUCUAUUUGCUAAAAGUCUUAUAUUCUUAACCUGCCAUACUAAAUCCACUUCUAUUUGCUAAAAGUCUUAUAUUCUUAACCUGCCAUACUAAAUCCACUUGUAUUUGCUAAAAGUCUUAUUCUUAACCUGCCAUACUAAAUCCACUUGUAUUUGCUAAAAGUCUUAUUCUUAACCUGCCAUACUAAAUCCACUUGUAUUUGCUAAAAGUCUUAUUCUUAACCUGCCAUACUAAAUCCACUUCUAUUUGCUAAAAGUCUUAUUCUUAACCUGCCAUACUAAAUCCACUUCUAUUUGCUAAAAGUCAUAUUCUUAACCUGCCAUACUUAGUCCACUUCUAUUUGCUAAAAGUCUUAUUCUUGACUUGCGUGACUUAUAUCCCCAGUACAACAUUGACUACCGUUGUUCACCCACACCAAGCACGGGCAAUCAGAUUUCAAGCAGGUGGGCUUCUGGUCAGAGAUAUGACUUACGAUCCAGCGGCAGUGACACAGAGUCAGUUGUUGGCAGUAGUGGGCACGGUGAGGGCAGAAGGUCAAGUGGUCAAAGCGAAGGCAUCUAUAGGAGUUCAAGUAUUACUAAACCUUUAUCUAACCUGGACAAGACCGGCUAGGUGGAAACAAAGUCCCAUUUACCAAUAAUCACGGAGCACCUGUGAAGAGACAUCUUGAUUUCAUCCCGUAGUUGUGAGACAGAGCAACAAUACAAAAGGAAGGAAACAAGAGGCAAAGGAAGCAACAAAUGUUUAGGCUUGAUAAAGAUGAUAUGUUCGACUCAUUUAAUUAUACUCCCACCUUAUUCCCACAAUGCACCAUUUGAUAUUGAAUUAUUUAUAUUGUAAUCAUCAUGCUCCCCAUUAUUCAAAUACAAUGGUUUUUUCCUUGUUAAGUAUGUGCAACAGCUCUUAUUGUACCAAGCUGAUGCUUGUUUUUUUGUGUGUGCUUGUUUGAAUUACUACUAAGUUAGUUCUGUUGUAUGGCUCCUCACCUGAAUGUAGUCUUUGCAUUGCAACACAAUCCAAAUAUAUAAUGUGUGAUACUAGU